AUGUACUUCAUCACGUCUGCUCUCGCGACCAAUCUCCCUUCGCUCUCCUCCUCCACCAUCCAGCUGCUCGGCAGUCAGAGCGUGGGCCUGACGGAGGCUCAGAUAAGCUCCGCCUCCGCUGAUGUUAUCAAGGGCGCGCUGUCGACUCUCAGCGCCGUCGAAGGCUGGAAUCAGGGCCAAGCUAACGCAGUUAUACAGACUCUCAUUCAGUCCGACUUUCCAAUCAACACCGGCUCUUCUCUGCUGUCUCUCGGGACGCUCGUCAAGGGCGUUCCAGCGGAAACCAUCUCCAGCAUUGAAUCCUCAGAGCUCCUGGCCAUAUCCAGCAAUCCCACGUUCAUCAGCAACAUCCUCUCAGCGCCAGAAAUCCUGCAGCUGGUUUACGUCAUGAAGAUCGCAUCCAUAGAUGAAACUAAAGUCAUCGAGAACGUUCCGGAUGCAUUGGCUGGCUCCAUCCCGCGCCUCUUGUUGAUCCCUCAGGAGUCUGUGAACGUCACCCUCAUCAACCUCAAGCUCUGGAAACAGGAGCAGGCCGUGAUGCUGUUUGGCUCCGUGGCGAGUGUCAGUAAGGACACAGAGGAGCUGUCUGAGUCACUGCUGCAGGGCUUCACCUGCACGUCGGUCCGGACGCUCGCCGAGCCCAAGGUCAAGCAGCUGGUGAAAGCCUGCAGACAUCGGCCGGGACGCCAGAAGGUCCAGCUGAAAGAGAGCCAGCUGGUGUGCAUGUACAACUACAUGAAAGAGGAGGCUUCGCCACGCUUCACAGAUUUACCUUCAGACAUGCUGCUUUACUACAACUAUGAGAAGGUGGAAGAGACGAACUGCCGCUCGUAUUUCAGUGCCGUGGGUACAGCAGAUUAUUCUGUUCUUUCCAGCGUCCUUGACAAACAGAAGACUUUGUUCAAGAAUGCACAGAGCUGUCUGGGUAUUUCGGGUCAAAGGCUAAGCAAGGAUCACGUGGAGGUUCUGGGUAACCUGACCUGCACACUCGACCCCGUCUACAUUCAAAACUCUGAUCCAGCCAUCAUUGAGAGCCUGAAGAACUGCCACGAUCUGUCCGACGCUCAGAUCAGCGCUGUGCAAUCGCUGCUGCUCUCAGGAGAAACUGUCUAUGGGAGCUCUUCUGCUUGGGAUCAGCAGACGCUGGAGCGCCUCGACCUCAUGCCGCUGUACUUCACUGACGACUUCUGGAGCCGCUUCAGCGCUCCUGUGAAGAGGAAGUACAUGAAGGUGUUCAUGCCGUUUCUGAGGACGAGAAACACGGAGAAGCCGAAACUAAAGAAACUCUUUAGAAACUGCAACGCGGAGUUAGACGCUCGAAGCCGAAUCGGACGCUCUACAGACUGCACCGCGGGCAACAUCACCGAAGCCACGAUCGCAGACGCCUCGUUCCCCUUCGGCUACACCGCGGCCCAGUUUGACGCCUGUCUGGCCGUGAGGGUCCUCAGAGAUAACCUGGCGGCGGUCACGGAGAAAGUGGACGACAACGAUUACCAGAGAAUCAUUCUGAGCAAGCUGAAGCAGGUGUAUCCCGCCGGUCUGUCCGACAGCGUGCUGCAGCUGCUCUCCUCUGUUUCACGACAGGCCACGGUGGAGGAGAUCAGGACCUGGAACAUCACCACCAUCGACGCGCUGACAGCACUGAUGGACCAAAACAAUGGAGAAUGGGUCAAAGACAAGAGUAAGGAGGUGAUCCUCAGGUAUCUGAGUAUGGCCGGUCACACUUUAGGCACUAAUGAGCUGAACGUCAUCGGCUCCAACAUCUGCGCACUGAACAUCUCAACACUUCAGAGCAUUACAGCAAGAGACCUGAGCAAUGCAGAAGUUCUGGAUCUGUCCCCGUGUUCAUAUGAGCAGAAAUCAGUUCUGUACAGCACUGCCAACUCCUCGUUCAGAGCUCAACGCAGCAACGGCCCUAUUUACUUCCAUCUCAUCAGCCCAUACCUCGGUGGCGCUCCGGUUGAGGACGUGAGGGCUUUGGCCUCUUCUAACAUCACUAUGGACAUCAGCACCUUCAGAAGCCUCAGCAUACCUGUUGUGACGGGUCUGAGCGUGUCUGAUGUGCGCGCUCUCAUGGGUUCGGCUGUGGCCGAUCUGAAGGUGUUUGAGAAGGACUCUGUGGUUCAGGCCUGGAUCGCCUCACAGCCACAGUCUCAGUUAGACACACUGAACGUGGGUCUGCAAGGAGGCCGAGCCGAUUCCAGCACAUCCGCACCUGUCACCGCCCAAAACAACAGCACCGCUAACGGCACCGGCACUGUCACCGGCACCGGCACGCAGUCAACGGCUCCCGGCCAAUCAGCUGCAGCAACAGUCACUGUACAAGGAUCUGCAACAGCUCUUCAUCUCGGUCCAGGCCUGUGGCUCGUCGCGUCCUGCGUGUGGCUUCUGACCUUCACAUGAUACGAUACCUGAGCCACCAUGAUCAAAAAUCAUCAUCAGAAAUCAGUCAGAUUGACACAAGUGCUCCAUUAGAUCAAUAUCACUAAUCAAUAAUGAAAUAUUAGAAAUGAAUGAGAGCAAUAUUAGAUCAAUUCAUAUCAGUACUUAUUAGUUGAUUUUUGUCU